AUGAAAGCAUCAGAAGAACCCAUGCCAAAAUGGGCAGGUUUCGUCGGAUGUAUUAUUGCCUCGGUUUUCUUCGGUUCAAAUCUCUUACCCGUCAAGCAGUUCUCUGUUGGUGAUGGGUUCUUCUUUCAAUUUAUAUAUUGCGUAGCAGUUUGGCUUGUAGGUCUAAUACUUGAUUUGAUUUUAAACAAUCAACGUUUCUAUCCUCUUGUGCUUGUUGGUGGUGUACUAUGGACGACCGGAAAUCUUGCGACAGUAUUUUGUAUAAAAACGUGUGGUCUAGCUGUUGGUCUUUUGAUUUGGGGCACAACAAGUUUGAUAACUGGCUGGGCAGGUGGCCGCUUCGGAUUAUUUGAUAUGAAAGCACAAGUACCCACCACGGAAACAAAACUAAUACUAAACUAUGCGUCAGUGAUCUUGGCAGCAUCGAGUGCGAUAUUUUUUCUCUUCAUUAAAUCGACAACGAAGACUGCAGCUUUACCUAGAGAAGUCUCUUAUCUUUCGUCAUCUGAUGGUGAAUCCUCCAUUCAAUUGGGAAAAGUUGGAGAAACAGCUGAUUACAGUCACCAAAAUAUUGAUGACGAUUUUCCAUUUCUAAAUCGAUUAACUGAUCGAGUACAGAAAAUUCUCGGUUGUGCUUUCGCGGCACUGGCUGGAAUGUUCUACGGAUCAAUGUUUAUUCCUGAUCAAUACAUUCGUGAUCACGCGAGUAAAUACACGUAUCGCGGUGAACCACCACCGCUCAGUGGUCUCUACUACAUCAAUUCGCAAUAUUCGGGCAUACUUCUUUCGUCGUUAUUUUACUUUGUUAUUUACGCCGCAUUGAAACGUAAUAAACCCGUCAUGAAUCCGACGGUGGUUCUACCAGCUUUGGCUAGUGGAGCGAUGUGGGGCGUUGCUAAUAUUGGAUUUAUCGUUGCUAUAAGUGCGUUAACCAGCGCAGUGGCUUAUCCAAUUGUGAGCGUCCUCCCAGGCAUUGUCACAUCACUAUGGUCCUUAUUUUUAUUUCGUGAGAUUCAAGGAAGAAACAAUUACAUUCUUCUCGGCCUUGGUAUGCUCGUGCGCAUACUUGCUGCUGUACUCAGUGGUCUUUCAGCAUAA